GUCCAUGACGCCGGCUGGGUCUGGGGGCCGUGGGCCAGCUGAGCCGACCUGGGGUUUUGGGGGACCGCGGGGGCCGUGAGCACUCAGAGGGAGCGUCCCAGGCCCCUCCGGGGACCCGGCCAGCCUGAAGAUGCCGACCAACGGCCUGCACCAGGUGCUGAAGAUCCAGUUUGGCCUCGUCAACGACACUGACCGCUACUUGACAGCCGAGAGCUUCGGCUUCAAGGUCAAUGCCUCGGCGCCCAGCCUCAAGAGGAAGCAGACCUGGGUGCUGGAGCCCGACCCUGGACAAGGGUCGGCUGUGCUGCUCCGCAGCAGCCACCUGGGCCGCUACCUGUCGGCAGAAGAGGACGGGCGCGUGGCCUGCGAGGCAGAGCAGCCGGGCCGCGACUGCCGCUUCCUGGUCCUGCCGCAGCCAGAUGGGCGCUGGGUGCUGCAGUCAGAGCCGCAUGGCCGCUUCUUCGGAGGCACCGAGGACCAGCUGUCCUGCUUUGCCACAGCCAUCUCCCCGGCCGAGCUGUGGACCGUGCACCUGGCCAUCCACCCGCAGGCCCACCUGCUGAGCGUGAGCCGGCGGCGCUACGUGCACCUGUGCCCACAGGAGGACGAGAUGGCUGCGGACGGUGACAAGCCCUGGGGCGUGGACGCCCUCCUCACCCUCAUCUUCCGGAGCCGACAGUACUGCCUCAAGUCCUGUGACAGCCGCUACCUGCGCAGCGACGGCCGCCUGGUCUGGGAGCCGGAGCCCCGGGCCUGCUAUACGCUGGAGUUCAAGGCGGGCAAGCUGGCCUUCAAGGACUGCGACGGCCGCUACCUGGCACCCGUGGGGCCUGCUGGCACCCUCAAGGCCGGCCGAAACACACGGCCCAGCAAGGACGAGCUCUUCGACCUGGAGGAGAGUCACCCUCAGGUGGUGCUGGUGGCUGCCAACCAGCGCUACGUCUCUGUGCGGCAAGCUGGAGAAUGUCUCAGCCAAGCCCUGGGCAGCUGCAGAGAAGCAGCAGCCACUCACCUCCCUGCCUUCAGCAGGGCCAAGGGUGAGGACCUGGCCGCCAGGUGUUUCAGGCUCUGGAUUGGCGGCCAGUGCUGUGGGGAGCGGGACGUGGCAUCUCAGUCCUGGGGCAUGGAACCCCCCAGCUUCCAAGGCAGCUGCAGCGUGGGAGACAGCAUGGCAGGCAGUGUCCGAUGCUGCCAUUCCGCCAACACCAUGUUUGAGAUGGAGUGGCGCGGCCGGCGGGUGGCACUCAAAGCUAGCAAUGGGCGCUACGUGUGCAUGAAGAAGAAUGGGCAGUUGGCGGCCAUCAGCGAUUUUGUGGGGGCCCCACCACCACCCGCGGCCUGGACAGGGAAGGUGGCGGGAGCGGCAGCGCAGCAGACGCUCUCCCUGCCAGGCAAAGACGAGGAGUUCACCCUCAAGCUCAUCAACCGGCCCAUCCUGGUGCUGCGCGGCCUGGACGGCUUCGUCUGCCAGCGCCGCGGCUCCAACCAGCUGGACACCAACCGCUCUGUCUACGACGUCUUCCACCUGAGCUUCAGCGACGGCGCCUACCAGAUCCGAGGUGCGCGGCGGGCAGGACAGCUGCUCUUAGCUCAGUAUUUGCCAGGAUCUAGAGCUGGUGGCAGUGGGGUGCUGGCACGAAUGCUUGGCCACAGUGCAGGGGACAUGCUGGGCGCUCCUCUGCAUCUGAUCAGUGGUGAAUGGGUCAACGUCUCAGCCAAUCAGGAUGAUGAACUAGACCAUGAGACCUUCCUGAUGCAAAUUGACCAGGAGACAAAGAAGUGCACCUUCUAUUCCAGCACUGGGGGCUACUGGACCCUGGUCACCCAUGGGGGCAUUCAGGCCACAGCCACACAAAGCAAGACACGGGCACAAGCGCUGGACAAAGGUCAGAGCCAGAGGCUCCUGCCAGGGGGGCAGAGGACAGCCGGGGAGCACAGUGCGGAUGGGACCGUUAAGGGGUGCAGGCCCGCCUUGUGCCUGCAGCGGGAGGCACGAGCACCCUCCCCGGAUGAAAACACCAGCACCAGGAGGCGGGCCGUAGCCCAGUCUGAGGGAGGGGGCUGGGGGCUGGGGCUCAGGGCACCCCCAGGCCACAGCGCCACCGAGUGGCCCUGA